UCCAUCUCCCCCCACUCAGUCGGACUGGAGCAGCUCUAGGAGCGGGACGCCCGCGGCACCUCUUAUCGUCUUGCCUGUGUUGACGCUUCUUUCCCGGAGAGGAAACAGCCACGGGGACGACCGAGUUGUUUCCUCGCGUCUCAUGCCUUCGGAGGAACAGCCUGCGUGAAAUUCCUCCACGCCCAGAGCGAACCAGCCGUGUGGGGACGGAAGGGGCGCUGGGGGGCGGCCUCUUGACAAGGUGGACCGACGGGUGAAUUAAACUACAAACGCUCGUCUGUAAGAGAUUGUAUAUUUGUUUUUCCACGCCAUGCCCGCUCCUCGAUUGUGGCUUUGAUGAAUUAUUGACCACCAUUGGGGUCCGAGGUUCGACCAGCUGAACCCUGGCACCGAUGGUGAACCACUGGGGCGAAAACUAACCUGAAGGCAUCGAGCAACAUUCUACUCUUUUCCUGCUCUGUGGUGAUGGUGGGGGAGGAGAAGAGACAGACCUCCCUGUACCUUGACGCCAGAUUUGUAUUUUUAUGAGCCAUGACUGCCUCCUUUUUUGUUCCAAUGGUGUCAGGGAUUGACUGACUGAUCGAGAACGACUUACUGCCACCUGAUAGUUACUACCUCAUUGUUUUGCAUCCCAUCAGGAGUUAUGUAAUACCGCCAAAUAUCUAUACUCAUGAAUCUACCUCAAGCAACACCUUUUCCCCGACUCGGCACAUCAGCUGGACGUGUCCCCAAAUGUAUAACUCAACUGUAAACUGAGCCUCGUGUUUGUGGUGACGCUGCAGAUGGCCUCCUUCCCAGACUCUGACCUGCAGACGUGCCCCCUCUGCAAGGAGCUGUGCGGCUCCUCUGCUCCCAUUUCCUCCAGCUCGUCCACCUCCUCAUCAUCCUCGCACACCUCCUCCUCCUCCAGCCAGACCAGCAGGAGGCUCCACGUCCUUCCCUGCCUCCACGCCUUCUGCAGGCAGUGCCUAGAGGGCCAGCGCAGCCCCGGCGACCCACUGAAGUUGCGGUGCCCCACUUGUGACCAGAAGGUCUCCAUCUCCGAGGCCGGUGUGGACUCCCUGCCUUCCUCCAACUUCCUCUUCAGCAACCUGUUGGACGUGGUGGUGAGCACAGAGGAGCAGAUCCAGAACAAGAAUGGCCACCACCACAACCACCAUCGUGUCGGCCUGGGCUCCUCUGGCUUCCAUCAUACGCAUGGAGGCCUCUUGCACCCUCACCUCAUGGGAGAGCCUCAGUGCAGCUCCUGUGAUGAGGAGAACCUGGCCACCUCCCACUGCCUAGACUGCCAGGAGUACCUGUGUGACAACUGCGUACGUGCACAUCAACGUGUUAGGCUGACCAAGGACCACUUCAUCGAGAGGCUAGGGGAGAACCUCCACUUGAGCCAUGUCAACAGCAACCCGACCCAGCCGGUCUUGCCGGUCUCCCUCGCUCAGUCCCUGCAGAACAACUUUGCACUGCUGUCCCUCUUCCAGGAUCGCAUGAGCUACUGCCAACACCAUGACAAUGAGGUUUUCCUGUUCUUCUGCGAGAGCUGCUCCGUGCCCAUCUGCAGGGAGUGCAGCAUGGGCCGUCACAUGGGCCAUACCUUUGUUUACCUCCAGGAUGCCGUACAGGACUGCAGGUCCGUCACCAUCCAGCUGCUGGCAGACGCACAGAAAGGACGACAGGCCGUGCAGCUGAGCAUGGAGAAGGUCCAGGCCAUGGCGGAGCAGGUGGAGAUCAAGGCUAAGGUGGUGCAGACCGAGGUGAAGGCCCUCGUCCUCAGACACAAGAAAGCGCUGGAAGAGAGAGAGUGUGAACUACUGUGGAAGUUGGAGAAGAUCCGUCAGGUGAAGGCAAAGUCGCUGUACCUGCAGGUGGAGAAACUGCACCAGAGUCUGACCAAGUUGGACAGCACCAUCGCCGCCGUCAGCCAGGUGCUGGACGAGGGACGCCAUAUUGAUGUACUGCUGGCGCGGGAGCGAAUGCUCACCCAGAUCCAUGAGUUGAAAGCACUGAGGGGCCUGAUGCAACCGCAGGAGGACGACCGCUUCAUGUUCACACCUCCAGACCAGGCUCUAUACAUAGCCAUUCAGUCUAUGGGCUUAAUCAGCAGUGGAGCCUUUGCCCCAGUCACCAAAGCCCAUGGCGAUGGUCUCAAAAGUGCGCUUCGUGGCAAGCAUGCAUCCUUUACCGUGAUCGGAUACGACCACGAUGGGGAGCCGCGUCUGUCCGGCGGGGACAUGGUCUCCACAAUAGUCAUGUCUGUCGCCGACAGCACCCUGUCCGCCGCUGAGGUGACCGACCACCAGAAUGGCUCGUACACAGUCAGCUACGUGGCCAAAUGUGAGGGGGAGCACCUGGUGUCGGUGCUCGUGUGCAACCAGCACAUCCAGGGCAGCCCCUUCAAGGUGUUUGUGAAAUCGGGACGCAGUUACGGCUCCCUGGGCUCCCAAGUGUCCUCCUUCGGGUGCGAGGGCGAAGGUGAUGGUCAGCUUUGUCGUCCCUGGGGAAUCAGCGUGGACAAGGAGGGAUAUGUGGUGGUGGCGGACCGAAGCAACAACCGCAUACAGAUAUUCAAGCCCUGUGGCGCAUUCCACCACAAGUUUGGCUCUCUGGGUUCUCGGCCCGGUCAGUUCGACCGGCCAGCCGGGGUUGCAUGUGACAGUCAGAGACGAAUCAUUGUGGCCGAUAAGGACAAUCACCGUGUGCAGGUGUUUACUUUUGAGGGCCAGUUCCUGCUGAAGUUUGGGGAAAAGGGGACCAAGAACGGGCAGUUCAACUAUCCCUGGGAUGUGGCUGUCAACUCUGAGGGUAAGAUCUUGGUCUCCGACACCAGGAACCACCGUGUGCAGCUUUUUUCCCCCGACGGUUCUUUCCUCAACAAGUACGGCUUCGAGGGGGCUCUGUGGAAACACUUUGACUCCCCCAGAGGCGUGGCCUUCAACCACGAGGACCACCUGGUGGUGACCGACUUCAACAACCACCGGCUCCUGGUCAUUCGGCCCGACUGCCAGUCUGCUCGCUUCCUGGGCUCCGAGGGCAUCGGUAACGGUCAGUUUCUGAGGCCGCAGGGUGUCGCCGUGGACCAGGAGAACCGCAUCAUUGUGGCAGACUCACGCAACCAUCGUGUGCAAGUCUUUGAGCCCAAUGGAAACUUCUUAUGCAAAUUUGGAACGCAGGGGAGUGGCUUUGGACAGAUGGAUCGCCCCUCUGGAGUGGCCGUGACGCCGGACGGCGUAAUCGUGGUUGUUGACUUCGGGAACAAUCGGAUCCUCAAGUUCUAGGAGAAAAAAUAACAACAUUCUCUCCCUCUGUUUUGCAAUUUUAUGAAGGAAAUGGAGGCGAGAGAAUGAAUCAGAAAACUGACACAAUGGGAGGAGAGCUGAAAGAGGAUUAAGAGCAAGUUGACGAGAAGGGAAAUUAGAUGUUUUUUUUCCCACUCACACUGAUAUCAUUCUGAUGUAUGUGGUAUGUAUUUCAAAGGGGACCUCUACAAAUGGAUAAUCAAUAGCAAAAAAUGAGCCAUUUUCCCUUCCUCAUUCUCAGCUGCUCUUAGUUCUUUCAGGAAUCUCUCCUCGAGUAUCCUUCUCAGGGAAUUUCUCACUUUUCUUGAAACCUUGUACCUCUCUGCUCCACACCUACCUCAUUUGGCUCUUUAUGAAUGUACUCAUAGUCACUGAGCAGAGGUUUAUUAUUAGUCCGUGAAGUUUUACAAAGAAGAAAAGUCUACCUCUAUACUUUAUUUAAGAGAGACACAAAUAUGGUUUUUUUGGCACAGGAUUAAUGGAAUUCUUGCUGUGCAUUUUUCCUUCUUUUUUUUUAUGUGAGUUUCGUGAACCUCCUGAAUGUUGUUGCUGAGACAAUACUCAGACCGCUGUAGAGGCUGCAUGAUUCAUUCAGUAGAAGGCUUUGCUAGGGUACAGUACAGUUGUCUUUUCAUAUUUACAGCAUUUUUUUUGACCCCUUGAAGACUCUGCAGUGUUUGCAUAGUCGUGACGGCCCAGCUACAAAAAUCGAUAGCUCAGGUUAUAGUUGGGCUGAUAAGAAAUGAUGAGCGCUUUUCAGGCCCUCCUUUUUAGCUUUACUGACUCACUCUUAGGAGUGGGUGCUGAUUAGUUGCAUUUAUGGAUGAUAAAUUACAUCACACAUGUUUUAUUGUCCUUACCUCCCUGUUGCAUCUCGUUGGACUGGAUUUGUGUGGCAUAAAGACCCAGCUAUGAACCACGAGGAUGCAAAGAUUAGUAUGCAAGGACCGCUUGAUCUCUUCCGAAAGUGAGGACCUGUGGGACGCGUUUACUAAAAUCAGGAUCUAUUAGUGAUCUUAACGUAGAGAUUUAAUCAUAGAGUUGAAUGACACCUUUCCCCCCUGAGGAAUGCUGUGUAACAAAAGCCUCAGAAGUAGACAGUCCAGAGGACAAAAAUAAUAACACCUCACUUUAUAAUCCUUUGGAUGUAUGUUGUGGUGGAAAAGCCACCCCUUUAAGGCGCAUGGGCCACAUCCAGUCCUGCGGAAGGAUGUGAGCACAAAGCCUUGCCCACCCCAACUUAUUUUUAACGCUUGGGUUUGUGGAGGCUUCUCCACACCCAGCGCUAGUAUACCAAUCCUCUAAAGAUAGAGGUCUAUAGACCAACUACUAGAGUCAACCAAAGUUAGAAUAUCUGCACAGGCUAACUAUAUAUAAAACAUUUGGCGAUUUAAAAAGUCACGUCCUUCAAUAAUCAUUGCUGGCAUAACUCGUGGAGUUGUGUUGAUAGUGCUGCCCUGACUGUGCUUGGAAAAAAAAGAUCCUUUUUUUGUGUCCACCUAGAGAACCAAAGAGAACCCCCAUUGCAUUAUGCGCCCCCUUAAACAAACCUCCAGCUCAUUGCCCCCUCUUACGUAGAACAAUUCAUAGCACCCAGAAAUACCCUUGUAGCCCAUAAAAGUUGGAUUCAAUCUGUACCCCACUUAAAUGCACUCGACAAUUCAUGUUCUGUUAACUGUUUUAGCAACAAACAAAAAAACAGUGGAAAGAUUCACCGAUGCUCGCUCUGCUAUGAGGAGGGGACCACCUGUCUUCACAUGAUCUGGACAGACAUUCUCAAUGCACAAUAUCUCAAACCUUUCAGCAAUCAUUUUGUUACAUCUUCUCAAGGGACAAUACUAUACAAAUGAAGAAUAGUCAGCGCUUGUAUAGCAGUAUAGAUACACUAUCCACUGAAAAUGAUCAAACAUUCAUUAUCGGUCUUAAAUAGCUGACAACACAACACCUCAGUGUGGGCACAUUUAGUGGGAGCACCAUCGUUAGCUAAUCUUCUUGGACAUGGAAUUGACCAGAGCUGCACAGGUUAUUACUGGAAUCAUCUUCCACUCAUCCAUGAUGACGUCACUGUUGGAGCUGGCGGACGUCAGACACCUCUUGCACUCCUCCACCUUCCUUCCUUCUUUCCUUCCUUCCUUGGAGGUGUGUCUAGGCUCCUUAUGUUGGAAAACCACCAUGUGGUCCACUCUCCCAAGGGAGGGGAUCAUGCAGUGCUUUAGAAUGUCACAGUGCAUUUUGGAAUUCGUGUUUCCCUUUUAUGACUGCUAUACAAGCUGUACGCUGACUACUCCAAAACAUAUUUCUAUAGUACUGUCCUUUUUGAGAAGAUUUACCACAAUAAAAAUGGUUGCUGAAAUGAGAUACUGUAUAUAUCUGCUCAACCUCAUCAGUGGUUAUUUACCUCAACGUUGUUCACAUUCAUAUACCUCAAACUACUUUUGAAUACCUCAUUUUUAGUUGUUUUUGUGUGUGUGUGUGUGUGUGUGUGUGUGUGUGUGUUUUCAUGUAAGCAUACCUCAUCAGAUGUUUAUACAUCACAAAUAUACCUCAUUCUUUUGACUGGUGUGUUGCAGUACAGUGCAUGUCCUGUCGUUCUAGGACCAAAGAUUGUGGCACUGUUUUGAAACUUGUGUUGUGGUCCAUCAGCAGCUUUUUGCUGCACAGUUACUUGCCUUUUUUUUUUUUUUUUUUUUUUUUUCAAGAAAAAAAAAAUCCACAGAGAAUCAUCAAAUAUUUCCGAGGAUAGCAUAGUGCCAAAAUGAUCAGAGUUUUUUGCCAAGGACCACGCUGUUGUAGAUGACAAAACGUGAGUGGACCAUAAUAUCAGAGAUACAAAUGUUGAAUCGGAGCAGCUGAGGAUAAAUCCUGCAGCUCUGAUUGGAUGCACUUACAAGGGCUGUGCCCCCAUUGUUAUCUUGAACUGGUAGAUUGCGCUCGCAAGAGGGGGUGGAGGCGGGCGAGGGCGAAGACGCACAAGAAUGACCUCAACUUUUUCAGCACAAGUUCCCAAUAUUUCUGCACACAUCAACUCUGUGGCGCAAGCAGACGUGGAGAAAAAAAAAAAAAAGAAAAAAGAAGGAUGGAUGAGAGAUGCACAGCAGCAGGGUUGUUUUCAGUAUUAACUAUUGCAAAUGUUCAUCCACGGCUGCAUCCUUUUUUUGGAAACAAAGAUUGCAGAAUUCUAUCUUUAAGAUCUUUAGGUCUUCGCUCUUUAAGAGGGAAAAAAAAGUGUUUUAAAGCUUUUAUUUGUUUUUGUUGCAUGCUUUAAGAAGUCCUUAUUAUACCGGCGUCAUUUUCAGAUGGGUGUUGAAAGAAAGAAGAAAUGGGCGGUGGGUAGCUGACUUUUUGGGAUGUUUGUAUCAUGAUAUUUACCCAAAGAUGAGUAUGCGUGCACGAGAUGGAAUUAACCUUUUGGCCUUCUGGAGAGGCCCGGCAGAGCACAACCCGUUCAGCCGGUCAUGCGAUUCCUGACAAACAACGCAGGCCGCUUUUCAAAACCGACGCAGAAGGCCAGUGAGGGCUAAGGGAAGCUUUUAAAGCAGGGGUGUCCAAAGUGCAGCCCGGGGUCAGCAGCUAAUUUUUUUAUUAGUCCAUAUCGGCAUAUUCUAAAAAUGCAUUCAUUAUGAAAGAGAUGCAGUGGAACCCGCUUAGAUCGCCACUCGUCUGUGUCAGACAACACAAGUCACAGACCAGAAAGUGCCUGCAUAAGGUGACGUCAACACGCGUCGACAUUCGCUAAGCCACAACGUAACUACAGUCCAGUUACUCAGCAUCAUGCACACAGUGACUUCCUGUUAAGUGCAAAAUAACCUUCCAAGUAAAGGCAUGGCAGUAUUUACCUGAAUUUGACACCAAUUUUUUUUUUUUUUUUUUUAGCCACAGAAAGAAAGAUUUGGAUGUGUACGAAAGCUUUCUUGGCAUUGUUGUCAAGACAUACAACAAAAUUAGAGCAGCAGAUGUUAGAUAAGAGUGUAAAAUAUUUGAAUGAUGAGGUAGGAUGAUUGUGCACAAAUCAGCCUUUUAUUGGCAUCUACAAAGCAGUCCUGUAUAUUUUAUAGCAAGACACACUCCACACUUACUGUGGCCACCUGGACUUGGUGACACCUUCUCUCUUGGUCUGACUCCAACCAGCAGGCAAACAACACUGCCCCCUACAGCCCAACCCCUGAAACACAGCUCAGAACGCUACAAUAUCUUCCGGAAAAAAAGAAUCAAUAUAAAAUAUGCACAAAUGGAGGGAAAUUGUUUAUUAUAGCUAGGUUUCUGUCCAAAGUCACAGAGUAAGCCAUGGUUAGUUGGGUUUUUUGCUAUGUCAGCUAGUCCGAGGGGUAUCAAGAUAAAGGCUCCAUUGUAUCUUAAGAUAUUACAGUCAUUUGCUUUGUCACUCGAAACACAAAGCGAAGAUGUACUUUUGUUCAGCUAGCUUAGCAUGAUCUUUGAUGCACAAAAUAGCCCCCACCUCCUUUCAUGUUUGUGUUUGUGGCGCUUGGUGGAAAAAAGUUUGGACACCCCUGUCUUAAAGUUUCUGACCUCAACCCCGUCACUGUCAUGUGGCAAGCAGUCCCCCCGGGCACAAAGCAGCUGCAGAAGUCCACUUCCUAAUCUUUGCCAGAAUCCAGGAAGUGAGGCGAUGGCUACGGAUCAUGUGACUGGCCCUCGACCCUUGUGUUUCAUUUCUGGCCUCUCGUGGCUUUUAAGAGGAAAAAAAAAGUCAAGCUGCACCGGGUGAUGUGUGCAAGGUCGUAGACCUCCUUUUUAAUGAUUGUAUACUCUUAAAAAAAACAACAAAAAAAUAUAUAUGGUUGGUGAAAAUUUAGAAAGAAAAAAAAAGUUAUCUCAGGUAGUGGUCGGCAGGCCUGUCCUGCUGGUGUCUCAUCCUAAUGUGUCCCUUAGAGUUAAGUAGAUCCCAACACCUUCCGCUCCCCAAUUCCAGUGAUUAGUCUGAUCUUUUUGUGUGUCCAUUUACAUAUUUAGACAAAUCUGCUUUUGAUUAGUUUCCCCUUGAUUAUUUUCUUCUACAAAAAAGUACAAGUGCGACACACCGCUUGACGCUGGCUGGCCCUUUUAGAAUGUAUUUUGUGAAGAAAGGGGUCACGUGGCGUCUUGUCGAUGCUCGCUCUAAACAACCUGCUGCCGGACGCAACACAACACACCCACACACCGUUGUAUCUCAGUGUAAAUGUCGCCACGCCAGCAAUAUAUAGCGACCAUUGGGCGUUGUGCUCAUAAGCCAACGUCGGUGUUGGUCCAGCAGCGGGAGGCGUGGGGCGGACGUCGUGUUUGUGCGUCCAAACAGACAUCCACUGAAUGUAAAACCCCCCUCAACAGUCCAGGAGGCGGCACGAGUGGCUGUGGCCAGCUGAGUUUAGAUGAGUGCUGCUGGCGCUUCCUCAUCAGGGCCUCUGUGUGUGUGGGUGUGUGUGUGUGUGCUUGUGUGUACGUAUGUAUGUUUGCCUCUCUUCAACACACAGAUUGUGCUGAGUGGAAGUGCAGAUGUCAGGUCUUCAGUCUAAAUAAGGCAAAGGAGACUAUAAUAUUUUUUGGCCACUUGCUGCUCACGCUGCACUCUUUUAGACUUUAAACAUUUCCUAUGCAGUUUGGUUGGUUUGUGUUUACACUUCAAUAAAGUUGUAUUUCUUUGACUUCAA